CUGACACUGUGUACAAAACUUCCGGUUCCCUCCUCCGCGGCCUUUCAAGUUCUCCCCCGGGACCCCAUCUUCUUCUGCUUCUUCAUCAUGUCAACCAUGAAUGAUGAAGCCCCCUAUGGCCCCUAUCUUCACCUCACCACUUCGACGUGACUUGGAGCUAUGAGCACCAUCUGAUCAGGGACUGAUGGUGUCCCAGCCCGUUGGCAAUGCUCUGCAGUUUGUCAGUAGUUCCGACCAUGUCAUCAAGCAAUGAUUCGACGAACACCUAACCCAUAGAACGUUAAGGCAUCUGUCUGGCAAGAUGAGGUUCUGGAGGGCAGUUACCAAGGCGCGAACCGCGGCCUACCUGUGGUUUACGUUGUUAGAGGUCCUGCUGAGCACAGCAAUGCACGCGGGGUUUGCAUUCACAAUCGCUGCGUCGGCAGUUGCGCGGGAGGUGCUCGUGACGCUGAGGACAGAAGGAGCAGUUGGCAGUGCUGCGGGGGCGUGGUCUGUUGCCAAGUCCUUCACGGGGUACAUCGCAGAGGCGGAGCAGACCCCGGCCAGUUUGAAGCGCGAGCUGAACCGGGCCCCGCCCGGGGUAUUCGACGGGCCGGAGGACGUGCCCAUUGUGUUGGUCCAUGGAAUCUUUGGGUUUGGGAAUCAGAGGCUUUGUGGCACCAGCUACUGGGGCGGGGCGGAGCACCGGGCGAGGAACGUCAUGGUGUCAGAUGUCGGCGCGCUGGCGAGUCUGCACGACCGGGCCUGCGAGCUUUUCUACCAAAUAAAGGGCGGCACGGUUGACUACGGAGAAGCGCACAGUCGAGCUUGCGGGCAUAAGCGGUACGGUAAAACCUGGGACGGGUUUUAUCCAAAUUGGGACGAGAACCAUCCGGUGCAUUUCGUGGGGCACUCGUCCGGCGCGCAGACCAUCCGGCUACUGCACACGAUGCUGGCGGAGGGCGAAUUCGAGGGGCAUCCAAAGACGAACGCGAAGUGGGUGCUGAGCGUGACGUCACUGAGCGGGUCGUUGAACGGGACGACGCGGGUGUACCUGGACGGGUUGAGUUUCUCCGACGGCACCACGCUGCGCCACCCCAGCCUGCUGAGCGUUCUCGCGAUCGGCGUCGUCAUCUUCCACUGGCUUGACAUCGACUUCCUCAAAAAGUUUUACGAUUUCGGGUUCGACCAUUUCGAGCUGAGCUGGCACCAAGCUGGCGUCACGGGGCUCCUCGAGGCGCUGCUAGGGAGGCGGGGCCCGUUUGCUGGGACCGAUUGGAUCCUGCCGGAUCUGAGCAUACAAAGCAGCGCACGGCUGAACAAGCGACUGGCGACGUAUCCGGAUACCUUUUAUUUUAGUUACGCUACUGCUCAGACCCAGGAAGUGUUUGGCCGCCACGUCCCCGCCGGGAGCCAAGUACACCCAUUGUUUGUUUGGAGGGUGCUCCAGAUCGGGAGCUGGACGCACCCCCUGAACGUUCGGCUACCAUACGAAGGUUACAGGGACGAGGAUUGGUGGGAGAACGACGGGGCGCUUAACACUUUCUCGCAAAUGUUCCCGCGGAUCCCGGAGGAGCACGCGCACUGUUACGUGGGGGAGAAGGAGCUUCGGAACGGGCUCGUUCUGCGACCGGGGGUGUGGUACUACACCGUAAUACGUGGGGACCAUAUACACUACAUCAUCAGUCCAACGAGGGGUGGGGACGCGUUUCUGGAGUUGUAUGACAGCAUUUUUGACAGGUGUCGAAACAGGUUAAAAUGGGAGAGCGUGAACGGUCUAGACGGAAUCGAUGCGGUCUGCCGCUGCUUAAGGGAGUGCUUGUGUCAAGUCUCGUAGUUCAAUCUGCAGAGGUGAUCCGGCGGGGUACGAAAGAAACGGUUUGAGUGUGUCCGGGGUUGAGUGUCAUUGGUUCGGCUUGACUAGGUAAGUAAUAGUUGGUAUAUACUAAGACAUUGGAUCCUUUCGUGCAUAACUAUGUUUGUGUUUAACUAGGAGCAGCGGCCGGAAACAUUAUGGCGUAAUAUAAACUAACCUAACUAUGUAACCUAUGACAAUAUUGUUUGGUCGACGUGCCUGAGUAAGUUACCAGGUUGAUCAUUUGUUAUUGUUGUUGUCGCGCA